GUCCUCUUGCACUCAAAAUAAAAACGGCGGGAAACCGCUUCAGAAACGCGCGAGUUCAAACCAACUCUUCAAACAUUCUUGUCGUUUUCUGUUUAUAAAUGGAUUACAGUAUUUUAUAAUAAUUUCUUUAAAUACUUGCAGCGUAAUAACAUACAGUAGUGGAAGUUAUUACAUUCUGGAUAGUUUUCUCACACACUCGUCAGACUACAGCAAAAUAUAGGUUACUCUUCAUACAGCGAGACUAUGGCAGCUUCCAGGAGGAAACAGAACAAGAAGACCAAACACACUGACUCCACAGACCUGAAAACCUUUGACUUCGACACUCUGGAUGAAAAAAAAGGAAGUGGAUCUGACGAGGAUACGAGAGAUGAAACUCUAAUCAUUGACAACCUGACCAAGAAAAGAUCUGCAGAUACAUUUGUUGAUGAUGACCUUAAUGCAGGUGUGGGGAAUGAGGUUCAAACUAUGCUGGAAAGAUUUGGUGCGGACAUCAGCAAAGCAAUGCAAACUAAAAGGAAACGCUUGGAGGUUCUCACCAAAAACUCCCUAAAGGGCAGCACUCAGAAACUGGAGCAAAUGUGGAAAUCCCAGCAGAAUCAGAGGCAAAAGCUGACACAAGAUUAUUCUCAGCAAGUUCUCUCUGUGCUUCAGCAGUGGGAGACCGAUGUUCAGAAGUCUGAGGAGCAGGAGGAGAAACUGAAUAAUUUGUUUCGCCAGCAGCAGAAGCUCUUCCAGCAGGCGAGGGUCGUGCAAAACCAGAAAAUGAAAACCAUCAAAGACCUGUAUGAGCAGUUUGUCAAGAACAUGGAGGAGAUGGAGAAAAGCCAUGAAGCCUUCCUGCAGGGCACCCAGAUGGAGCUGAGAAAGGAGAUGGCCCUGCUGCAGAAGAAGAUAAUGAUGGACACGCAACAACAGGAGAUGGCCACUGUUCGGAAGUCCCUACAAUCCAUGCUGUUCUGAAAACAUCUUUCUGUUCUUUUUAAAAAUGAAUGUAAAAGUUGUUUGUAUUUUUUUACAUCACUUUGUUCAUUUUAAUUCAUAAUUGUAUAAUAAUAAUAUGUAAAUUAAUUUUUUCCAGUGUCAGUAGUAAAGAUCCUAUAAAUAAAUUUCCUUUUUUUUUUCUUUUGAGGCAUGUUGUUUGCAGUUUGGACUUAACAAAACAAUA